AUGUCGAAGACCUUCACCCGCGCCGAGGUUGCGCAGCACAACACGGAGGAUUCUGUUUGGUGCAUUAUCGAUCACCGCGUGUACGAUUUGACCGAUUUCAUCGAUGCACAUCCCGGUGGCAGUGUGGUUUUGAACCAGGUCGCAGGCACGGAUGCCACGGUCGAUUUCUAUAAUCUUCAUCGACAGGAAGUCCUCGAGAAAUACAAGGAUCUUUGCAUUGGAACGGUAGCCGGCGAAACCCCAGAAAUUGUCACCCCCGAGCCCGGCAGCCUGAGCCAGGUUCCCUACGCCGAGCCUCUGUGGCUGCGUCCGCAAUUCAAGAGCCCCUACUUCAAUGACAGUCAUCGCCGACUCCAGAAAGCUCUCCGGGAGUUCACGGAUCGCUAUAUUACCCCUGAGGCACAGGAGAAGGAGAAGGAUGGCACCUAUAUCAGUCAGGAGUUGAUCGAUCGCAUGGCGGAGGCAGGAAUUCUAGCAAUGCGCCUGGGUCCGGGAAAGCAUUUGCACGGGCGGAAGCUUCUGGGCGGUGUCAUCGAUGGAAAAGAAUUCGAUUACUUGCAUGAUAUGGUGCUCUCGCAGGAGUUGGUGAGAUCUAAUGCUCGAGCAGGCUUCCAGGACGGUAACAUGGCAGGCAUGUGUAUUAGUUUGACUGCCGUCCAGCAGUGGCUUCGUAAUGAGCCUCUUCGGCAGAAGAUCACAGACGAGGUUCUGUCUGGAAAGAAGAAGAUGUGUCUGGCGGUUACAGAGGCAUUCGCCGGUAGUGAUGUCGCUGGUCUUCGCACAACCGCGAAGAAAACCCCGGACGGCAAGCACUUCAUCGUGAACGGAACCAAGAAAUGGAUCACCAAUGGCAUGUUCUGCGACUACUUCGUCACUGGCUGCCGAACCGAAAAGGGUUUCUCAGUGCUCCUGAUUCCCCGCGACGAAGGAGUGGAGACUAAGCAGAUCAAGACCUCCUACUCGACAGCAGCUGCCACCGCGUUUGUUCAGUUCGAGAACGUCAAGGUCCCUGUGGAGAACCUUCUGGGUGAGGAGGAUAAGGGUUUCAUUGUGAUUAUGAGCAACUUCAACCACGAGCGCUUUAUGAUGUGUUGCAGUGUGGUCCGCAUGUGCAUGACCGUUGUGGAGGAGUGCAUGAAGUGGUGCAACCAACGCAUCGUCUUUGGCAAGAAGCUGAUUGAGCAGCCUGUUAUGCGGCAAAAACUUGCCCGAAUGAUCUCACUUUGCGAAUCGAACCAGGCCUGGCUGGAAUCUAUUGCAUACCAGAUGUGCAACAUGACCUAUGCGCAGCAGUCGGCUAAUCUGGGUGGUCCCAUCGGCCUGCUGAAGUCUCAUGCCACCCGCUCCGCACAGGAGAUCGCCGACCUUGCGACCAACAUCUUUGGUGGACGGGGUUUGACCCAGUCCGGCAUGGGUAAGGUCAUUGAGAUGUUCCACCGGACAUACAAGUUUGAUGCCAUCUUGGGUGGCACGGAAGAGAUUCUGGCCGAUUUGGGAGUUCGUCAGGCGAUGAAGAAGUUCCCCAGGGCAAUGUUGUAGAUAUUGCAUUCUUAAUCGAAGGCCCUGCGGGACAGGGUAUAGUUUACAGUCAUCGGGUAUUGGUCAUCUGCCCUUUGCAUAAGAUUUGAUUGUACACAAAGGUCAUUGAACCAAUCUGAUCCUCG